CAGGCAGAUCAUACACAAAGCGAAAGAGAGUCGCUCGGCUGCCUCGCAUUCUGCACCCCUUCACCGCAACCAUGGUGAAGCUAACCUUUAACUCGACGCUGGGCCAAAAGGACGGAAAGAAGGAAGAUGAGAACAACGAGGUGCUGAUCAUUCCCGAGGCCAAGGAGCCUGAAGAUGUUGUGCCACUUGGUCAAAGAAGGGCAUGGUGUUGGUGUAUGUGCUUUGGCCUAGCUUUUAUGCUCGCUGGCAUCGUUCUGGGUAGUGCAUAUCUCUACAAAUACUUUGCUAUGCAGCGUGGUGUUUACUUCUGUGGAAUAAGAUACCUUGAGGAUGAUGCUGCACUUACCGAGCCUUAUGCAGAGACUCCAGUCCGCUACCAUUCAUUUAGGGAGAGUAUUCAAAUCCUGGAAGAAGAAGAAGUUGAACUGAUCAAUGUGCCUGUUCCAGAAUUUGCUGACAGUGACCCUGUGGACAUUGUUCAUGAUUUUCACAGGAAACUGACUGCAUAUUUGGAUCUCAAUCUGAACAAGUGUUACGUCAUUCCUCUGAACACAUCCAUUGUUAUGCCACCAAAGAAUUUCCUGGAACUGCUUCUUAACAUUAAGGCUGGAACUUACUUGCCACAGUCCUACUUGGUUCACGAACAGAUGAUUGUUACUGACCGCAUUGAAAAUGUUGACCAGCUUGGAUUCUUUAUCUACCGUCUGUGUCGUGACAAGGACACUUAUAAACUCCAGCGCAAGGAAACUAUUCGAGGAUUCCACAAACGGGAAGCUGAAAACUGCCAUACAAUUCGGCACUUUGCUAAUAAGUUUCCUGUGGAGACACAGAUUUGCGAGCAUUAAAUUGAUCAUGUGAACGUGUCUUCAACCAUUUUACAACAGUAUAGCCCUACCUUUUUGUUGUGUGCAGUAAUUUUUCUAAGGAAGGGUUUUAUUAUUAGUGAAAAGGCAUUUGCAUACCAUUUUUGAACAUUCAUCUCAUAUAAUAUCCAGAAUAGGUUUCUAAGUAUUUGUUUUUCCUCUUCCUUAUUUCAGCUUUCAAGUGUGGUGUUUUAUUCUAAUUUUUUCAGUGUAACAAAUUAGUAAUGUAAAAAUAAGGUUUUAGCGUACUAAAAAGAAAAUGUGACCCAAAACAGAAGAAAUGUUUUAAGGGUCACAAUUUACACCUUUUAUUACACAUUGCAUUCCAUGACAUUGCUUCCACCAGUUAUAGCAAAAUGUACACAUCUAUUAACGUCUUAAAGUCUGUUUAAUAUUGCAUGUUCAGUCACCUCAAAUACCUAAAUUUAACCUAGAAACAUGUAUAAAGAUGUUUCAGAAGAGCUCAGGGCUACAACAAAAGGCAGUGGUUAGUGUAAAAUAAAAAGUAGUGUAUUAAAUGGCAUGUACCCAAUUGACUAUUCACUAAUUCUAGAUUUAUUUAAGGUAUGUUUGGAAAGUGGCUGUGCGACAUUUGGCUGUUAAGUGUCAUUUUAUGAUGAAGAAAAGAAAUUCUCAGUGCAGUAGUGCUGAAUAUAGUGUCUGCGCUGGUAAGUUGCAGGAUUGUUGCAUUCUUUUCAUUUCCAUUUAUUUAUAAAGUUGAGUAACUCUGGUUUACGUAAUAUUAUUUUAAUCUGGCCCAACCAGCUGAGUUUACACUGGAUCAUAUUAAUUAAAAUUUUCAAGUACUUUAUUUUUCACAUGGUUCACAGUCUAAAAUGCAGUGAUGGGGCUCAUGUAGCACCAGGUUUUUCAGAAGCGUGCAAUGGCCAAGUUAUGGCUGAAUAAUAUACUCCCUCACAAACAGAUUUGGCUGUAAAUGAUCAGAUCAUCUUUAGUUGCUUGGAGAUGAUAGGGCACUGGACUGUGGUUUAGUUUAUUCUGAUAUUUGUACAGUUAAGGGAUGGUUUUGAUGUGCACAUUUGCUUUAAGGUAUAAUAUGAACUCUUCAUUUGCAAGUCACCCAGCAAAUUUGCAGAUAUUCACACCUGACCUGCCUUUUAAGCUCUAUUAGUCUGAAAAUAUCUGUAUGACCUAGCAAACAGUGCAAUUUUUUUUUUUAAUGUUUAACUCUUUUUAACUCUUGUAAAACUUAAUGGUUGUUUUUUCCUUCUUCUGGCAAUAUUUAAAUGAGCAAAGAAUAAAAGAAUUAGCAGUAAUGUGGUACUAAUUUGUAUAUAAUCAUACUUGUAAAGGAAUAAAUCUUACACAACUCGUUUAA